AUGGGCAGCAGGGAGGAGGAAUGUGAAACAUUUCUGAUGCCGGUCCAGUGGCUGUUUACACAGUAGUCAGCCUGUGACAUCAGAGUCAGGACUUUAUAAAUGUCAGCAGGCGUAAGAAUGAGCAGUUAGCAAACAGCUGCACUGGUCGCACCACACCGUCACACAGGUCAGUGAGACAGACUGAGCUCCAUCAGCAACACGAGCCCUCAUGGACCGGCUACUAUGUGACUGUGCGAUUGCUUUGGCUGUACUGCUGUGUGUGGCUACACAGGUGCUGUGUCAGCUGUGUGACAAACCCUGCCUCUGCCCUAGUCCUGCCCCUCAGUGCCCCACAGGAGUCCCACUGGUGCAGGAUGGCUGCCGGUGUUGCCAGGUUUGUGCCAGGCAGCAGGGUGAGCCCUGCACUGAGAUGUUCCCCUGCGACAGCCAGAGAGGACUGCAGUGCGACUACAGCGCCAGCUUCCCCGGAGACCCUGGGGAGUGUGUUGGUCAGGAGGAUCUGGUCUGUGAAGUCAACGGCAUCACUUACCAAAAAGGCCAGUGGUUCUACCCCUCAUGUGACACCUACUGCCAGUGCAAAGGUGGAGGGGUGAGCUGUGUGCCAGCCUGUCCCUUGACUGCACGUCAUCCCACUCCAGACUGUCCCAACCCACAGCACAUCCGGCUGCCAGGGAAGUGCUGCAGGGAGUGGGUGUGUGAAAACCUUGAUAACACCGUCAUUCAGGAUGCCAUCACAGCCAUGAGACCAGAACGGUUGUGGCCAUCUCUGCCGAGGGAUCACCCUCUGAACAGGCAGGCCUCACCCACCUCCACCUGUGUAGAGCAGAGCACCAAAUGGAGCGCCUGUUCCCAGAGCUGUGGGGCUGGAGUCUCCACACGCGUUUCCAACCAGAAUCCUGCCUGCAAGCUGCAAAUGGAAACUCGGCUUUGUAAAGUGCGGCCCUGCAAUGCUGUUCAGCCUGCAGCCAGGAGACCCACGUGGGGACAGCAGGGACGCUGCGAGGUGAGCUACACCUCACCAGGGCCCAUCCGACUCGUUCAUCAGGGCUGCUACAGCACUCGGGCCUACAAGCUCCGGUACUGCGGACAGUGCAGCGACUCUCGGUGCUGCACGCCGUACCAGACCACCACUGCUGAGGUGACCUUCCGCUGCCCCACUGGCAGGCUGCUGCAGCAAGCUGUGAUGAUGAUUCACUCAUGCGUCUGUCACAGCAACUGCCCCUACGCACCGUACACUAACCCCGCUCUGUGGGGACUCAGGCCCUGAUCAACAUGGACUCGCUGAGAACAGAAAGACUUCAGUGACUGAUUCAGUGAGAGAAAUCUGAACAAUCCUCCAGCGAUUCUGCAUAAUUCUAUCUGGACCAAUAACAACAAGACAGUUUUGAUCAGUCCACCUAAACUGUAAAUUGAGAACACUUGACCAAAGUGGUCAUUAAGAGAUCUGAAGGUUUACCUACGUUGCUGAGUGGCAAUAUAUGCCCGUAUUUGUUGACAGAGUUGUUUCCCACUAAAUGACUCUCACCUUUGUGUUAACAGAUUUUGUUCUCUGACGUGAGCAGCACAGCUUUUAACUUGUACAGUUUUGUUUAGUGUAUGUAGUCAGAUGACAUUGCACUUAUUUCCUCACUUUGUGUUUUGUUGUAAAUAUUUCUUGGACAGAUGUCUCUUAUGUAUAGUGAAAAUAUUUGAAUAUUUUAUGUAUGCCCUGCAUUUUUACUCCCAGAGAAUUGUGCAUUCGUGAUUGAUAUAUAUUUUUUUCACACUGUAUUACUCACAGAUUAAAAAGAUAUUUUGUACACAUGUACUUUUUCUAACGGCACUGAUGACUAAUUGUUCAC